CUGCUGGCGGGGGUCUCUGCUGGCGGUGGCGCUGCUGGCGGGGUCUCUGCUGGCGGGGUCUCUGCUGGCGGUGUCACUGCUGGCGGGGUCUCUGCUGGCGGUGUAGCUGCUGACGGGGUCUUUGCUGGCGGUGUAGCUGCUGGCGGGGUCUCUGCUGGCGGUGUCGCUGCUGGCGGGGUCUCUGCUGGCGGUGUAGCUGCUGGCGGGGGUCUCUGCUGGCGGUGGCGCUGCUGGCGGGGUCUCUGCUGGCGGUGUCGCUGCUGGCGGGGUCUCUGCUGGCGGUGUAGCUGUAGCGGGGUCUCUGCUGGCGGUGUAGCUGCUGGCGGGGUCUCUGCUGGCGGUGUAGCUGCUGGUGGGGUCUCUGCUGGCGGUGUCGCUGCUGGCAGGGUCUCUGCUGGCGGUGUAGCUUCUGGCGGUGUCUCUGCUGGCGGUGUAGCUGCUGGCGGCUGGCGCUGUGCUGGCGUGACGGCGCUGGUGUUGGUGCCUGUGCCUGGUGCUGGCGUGACGGCGCUGGUGCUGGUGCCUGGUGCUGGCGUGACGGCGCUAGUGCCGGUGCUGGCGCUGGUCACUGGCGUCGGUGAUGGGUCCACUGGUGGUGGCACGGGGUCGGAUGGGGUGCAAGGUGCGGGUCGCGAGCGAUCUGGCGCAUGUAGCGGCGUAGAAGCAGCUUCUCCCGCCACUCCCAUCACCCCCGCCACUCCCGCCACCCCCUUCACAGCAGCUGCGAGGUCCACGGGAGGGCGGGCGGGGAGGAGGCGUGACUGGCAGAUGCUGGCGCUGGUGGCCGCCACUCCUUUCCCCCUCUCCUCUUCGCCCCCACUGCGACCGUCGCUGUUUCCGCGCCAGGGAGUGGCGACGAGGCAGCAUGACGGCGGCGGGUCCAUUGGCGGGCUCGCUCGCGGGCCCGUUGGCGGGUUCGUCGGCGGGCGUGCUGACUCGAGCGCUGGCGGGUCCGUCGGCGGGCUCGUCGGUAGGCUUGCUGACGCGCGCGCUGCCGGGUCCGUCGGUGGGCUUGCUGGCGCUCUCAUUGGCGGGUCCGACGGCGGGUUUGCUGGAGGGUCCGUCGGCGUGCUCGCCGACGGGUCCGUCGACGGGCUUGGUGGCGCUCUCGUUGUCGGAACCGGAGGCGGGUCCGUCGGCGGGUUUGCUGGCGGGUCCGUCGGCGUGCUUGCUGGCGAAUCCGUUCCUGGCGUUCCUGUUGCGUUCCUGGCGUGCACGGUGGCGUGCGUUGCUGGUAAUGCGCGGGCGACGGGCUGA